AUGACAAAACCGCGCACACGUCGUCAGUCUCGUCGACAUUCCGCCUAUUUCGACCCGGCAGAGGACGAUUCUUCCUCGCCGCCGACUGCAACGGGAAACAUUUCCAUCAACGAUAUGGCUGCAAUGAUGUCCACGUGGCAACGCAACCAAGAGGAAACAUUUGAGAAACUUCUGCACACAGUUCUCAAUCACUCGCAGCGGUCAUCGCCCCCCCGCCCGCUCAACCUGCACAUGGAAACUUCGCCGCGUGCAAGGCUCGCUACAGCGGAGCGCCGGACGAAUCACUUGACGGAUUUA